UAUUAGUUCACAUGCGUAGAAGGAGCACGCAGUGGAAAGUUUUGGAAGGUUCUAUGGUAACGCAACUGCCGUGAGGGGAAAAAAUCGAGAGAAGCAAAGAUCUAAACAUGAGGAUUCUAGAUCAGCAUUUGCAAGACCAGCUUUGGUCCUCCUACCAACGCUCCACCUCGUCAUCUUCCUCGUCCUCGCGCCCAUCUCGCAUGACAAACGGCCACGCCGGGCCGAAAACCUCCUUCACCGACCAGCAGGACUUCGGUACUGCCCAACCCGCCGGUUUCUCCGAAAUCAACGAACAGGCGCAACUCGAUUUCUGGAAUGGGGACGCCAAGCAAUUUGAAAAAGACGGGCUGCGUGCACAACUGUACGAGAACAACAAUGGGACGACUGGCUCAACGAAGAAAAAGGGGAUAUUUGACAACAUCACGGGCAAUUUCAACGAGUCAAAAUCUACUACAACUGGCGAUAAUUACACAACCAACAACCAAAAGAUGAAGGAUUACUUCGCCGGGUCGAAAUCCAACGGUUUUUUCUCUUCCGGGAAAGCAGGGGCUUAUAAGCCGAAUAUCAAAUGCAAAAAUGUCUGGGUCUGGAAGAAUGCAACUUGUGAUGCUGAGUUUGGAUUUCCAAAAAAUCUGUAUUGCAUGAGCAGCAAUAAAGAGAGCGUAAUGCUUGCUACGCGGAGAGGGCCUUUGUCAUGCGGAAUAGGCAUCAAGAAGCCCUCAAGAAAUCUGUGACGCUAGAGGGUAUGCAUCACAGACAUCAUGGCUCAUGCAAAAUGUGCAUGACAAGUCUCAGAAUCUUCAACAGCCAGACCUUUUUGCACUUGAUACGGAAAAUCCAGGAACAAACGGGUCCGGAUGUACUGGUAAAGGGAACGGAGAUAGGAACGAGAACAGAAGGGGGGUUGCAGUUCACGUACAAAAACAACGACGCCUUGAUGGAUUUUCUCACUUCCUCCCCCGCGGAUUUGGCAACAGAUUCUGUGAAAGAUCUUCAGAAAUUCUUUCUCGAUUUCGAAAACCAAGUGAACCAGAACAUGAACCGGGACAAAAUUUACCGGAAUAAAAUCGACAUCGGGAAGAUGGUGGGCGGCACUCUGAUGGACCAAACCUCCGGGUUGACCCACAAAAACCCUCGGCAGGCGAUGAUGAAGAUGGUGACGGAUCUAGGGCCGGACGUGAUUAAGAAAACGAAGACAACGAUGCGGUUUUACAAGGACUUCGGGUUUAUCAACUGCAAAAAUGUCUGGGUCUGGAAGGUCACAACUUGUGAUGCUGUCUGCGGAUUCUAAAAAAAUUUGUAGUGCAUGACCAGCAAUAGGGGUCGGGUUUGUCCUAAGGGGAGAGGGCAUUUCUGAUGCGGUAGAGGUAUCGCAAAGCCUUCUAAGUUUCUGUGUUGCUACGGCAUGUAUCUCGGACAUCGUGGCUCAUGGAAAAUAUGCAUGACAAAUCUAGAAAUCUUCCAGACCCAGACAUUUUUGCAGUUGAUAGGGUUGUACGCGGUGCAAAAAGUGGGAGAGGUCAUCAACAUGAUGUCGCCGGUCACGGUCACCACCGAACCAGCGCCGAACGACGACCAAGUCGCGGAGACGGACGUAAUGGGGGAAAAAGCGCUGGAUGAGGAGGAGCUGAACGGGGUGAAGGUCCCGCCGGCGCCGGACGAAGUGCAGGCUUUGGAUUAUUACAAGGAAAAAUCUUCCCUUUCCAAUAUACUGAAACGGAAAUUUGUGUAGCAUGAUUUGUGAGCACAACUCGCGUUGUCAUGCUAGAAGGGAAGAGAUGCAAGAUUGUAGUUCUGGCUGACGUAGUAAAGCCUUGCGUCUUCAGCAUAACAGGAAGCAACUGGAAUUGGGAACAGCAUGACAAAUUGCCUGCAAACGAGGGAGCAACUGCGUCCAUUGGUCUUUUAGCAAUACAAAUCGACUUGUUUACUCAAAUACAGCAGCAGAAAUGUCGUUUUCGGUAUGGGGGGGGGAUCUUUCCUCACAAUAUGGAUGAGAACGGCAAGCCCUACACGAUGAAGAUCCCGAGUCCGCUAGACAACGACAGUCAAGUGAAGGUGGAGUUGAAGGGCGGCUUCAAAGACAUCGCAGACGCUCUUUCUGGUCCGAUGAAGAGAAUCAAAGAAGAGUUGUAUCCUGUGUAAAAACGUUUCCACGCCAGAGUUGCAAUGCAAAUCUGCACACCAAAAAAGUUUCUCAUGUGGAUCCCCAUGAGAUGAAGUAUUUUCGAUUCGUGUUGUGGAAUUUGUGAUGCUAGAAUCAGCUCGAUGUGCUAGAUCUGUGUUGCUGCUGAACUAGCUAAACAGGAUCGCAAUUAUCUGAGGGCAAAAUUGUCAUGCGAAACAACCAAGGCUGGUGGAUUUUUCUAGCAGACUUCCCAUCUUUACUAUUAAUUGGGUGGGGACGUUUUUACACAGGAUAAGUUGCGAUCCAUGAAAGAAACCGCGGCGGACGGGUUGAAAUACCUGUUAGGAGCUAUCAAAAAGAAACAUCCCCCCUCCCCAUAUCGAAAACGAAACUUGUGAUUUGCUGUAUUUGAGUACACAAAUCGACUUGUAUUGCUAGAAGGCCAUCAAGAGACGCAGUAGCGGCCUUGAUUGCAGGCGAUCUGUCAUGCUGUUUACCACUUCCAGCUGCCUCCUGUCAUGCUGAAGAUGCAAGGCCUUCCUGCGCCACCCAGCACUACAGUCCGCCUCUUUUGACUUCUAGCAUGACAAAGGUGAUUUGUGGCCACAAAUCCGCAUCACAGAUAUUUCCGUUUUCAUAUUAUGGGGAGAAGGGGUUUUCUUUUUGAUAGGAGCGGCGAAAGGGUGGAUGAUCCAGCCGGGCGCGCUGGCGGCCUGGCCCGCGUACUUCAUGCUGUCUGCCUAUCGGGCGUAUGCGAAGCCGCGGACCCGGAUGGCGGCCAGUUGGAAGUUAUCAAAUGCAAAUAUAUCUGGGUCUGGAAGGGUGCAAGGUUUGUCAUGCGCAUUUUGCAUGACUCCUGACGUCUGUGAUGCAUGCCCUAGCAUCACAGAUUUUGUGAGCGCUUCCUGAUGUCUAUACCGCAUGAGAAAUACCCUCUCGCUGUGGCAAAAACUGGGCCUCUUUAUCUGUUCACGCAAUACAGAUUUUUGUAGUAUCACCAGUCGUUUUGUAUGUCGAGUCAUUCAAGAGGUGCCACGCGAACAAAUAGGCAUGAAUUUAGCAUCUCCGGCUGGUAGAGCAAUCGGCUACCGAGGUACGUCAGGGGGCGUAGCUACAUCAAUCAAUCAAUCCAAAUGCAGCAUCACAAUUUGCAUUCUUCCAGACCCAGACAUAUUUGCAAUGCAUAGAAGUUGGGUGCGAAGAUCAUGGUGGAUUUCAUGACGCCGUCCAUCCGGCAAACGGAUUUGUUUGACAUCAAAAAGUGGAACUGCAAAAAGUUUGGGGCGAUGGGGAAGGUGGAGAAAGCGGGGAAUCAACUCGAAAAUCUGGCGAGGAGCGCGGUACUUAAGGGUUGGGUUGAUUUGUGAUCAUUUGGUUUACAGCAAGGAUAACGAAGCAUUGUUCUGAAUCUGAAGUUGUCAGUGCUCUUCACGACACCGAAUAAAUCUGAAUUGCUUUUCACAUCAUUGGAGAUUUUGAGGAAUUAGAAAUAGCAUGUGCACUGUGGCUCGAGGUCCCACCUUAGUUCUAGUUCUUUUUGGUCUUAUGUGCUGAACAGGGGAGAGUCUGCAAGUGCAGCUUGGCUUGCAUCUGCUUUUUUCUGCGGGCAAAUUUUGGACGAAAACGAGAGUCCCCCCGGCCCGCAGCCACAAAACGGGAAAAAAUACCUGUAAAGGCGAAGAGGUCCUCACUACUCAAAUUCCGACUCCCGCCGUGGCAGCAAAAGCAGCCUUCUGUGGUUGCUUCUUUUUGCUGCUGUUUUAUCCACUACACGAAAAUGGCCAUAGCGUGGGCCCGCGGCUCUCUUUUGGGUUUUUGGGACGUUCUAGCUCUUUUGGGUCUUGAGUGCUGAACAGGAGCGGAGUCUGCAAGUGCAGCUUGGCUUGCGUCUGCUUUUUUCUGAAAGCAAAUUUUGGACGAAGACGAGAGUUCCCGCGGCCCGCGGCCACAAAAUGGGAAGAAAUGUCCGUAAAGGCAGUUUCGCCACUACCCAAUAAACUCCGACUCCCGCCCUGGCAGCAAAAGUAGCCUUCUGUGGUUGCUUCUUCUGCUGCUGUUUUAUCCACUACACGAAAAUGAUCAUAGCGUGGGCCCGCGGCUCUGUUUCGGGUUUUUGGGACGUUCUAGUUCUUUUGGGUCUUGAGCGCUGAACAGGAGCGGAGUCUGCAAGUGCAGCUUGGCUUGCGUCUGCUUUUUUCUGGACGCGAAUUUCGGACGAAAACGAGACUCCGCUCGGCCCGCAGCCACAAAACGGGAAAAAAAUGCCGUAAAGGCGGUUUUGCCACUACUCAAAUUCCGACUCCCGCCCUGGCAGCAAAAGAAGCCUUUCGCGGUUGCUUCUUUUUGCUGCUGCUUUAUCCACUACAAAAAAAUGAGCGUAGCGUGGGCCCGCGGCUCUGUUUCGGGUUUUUUGGACGUUCUAGUUCUUUUGGGUCUUGAGUGCUGAACAGGAGCGGAAUCUUCAAGUGCAGCUUGGCUUGCAUCUGCUUUUUUCUGGACGCGAAUUUUGGACGAAAACGAGACUCCGCUCGGCCCGCAGCCACAAAACGGGAAAAAAAUCCGUAAAGGCGGUUUUGCCACUACUCAAAUUCCGACUCCCGCCCUGGCAGCAAAAGAAGCCUUCUGUGGUUGCUUCUUUCUGCUGCUGUUUUAUCCACUACACGAAAAUGAGCAUAGCGUGGGCCCGCGGCUCUGUUUCGGGUUUUUGGGACGUUCUAGUUCUUUUGGGUCUUGGGUGCUGAACAGGAACGGAGUCUUCAAGUGCAGCUUGGCUUGCGUCUGCUUUUUUCUGGACGCGAAUUUUGGACGAAAACGAGACUCCGCUCGGCCCGCAGCCACAAAACGGGAAAAAAAUUCCCCAAAGGCGGUUUUGCCACUACUCAAAUUCCGACUCCCGCCCUGGCAGCAAAAGAAGCGUUCUGCGGUUGCUUCUUUUUGCUGCUGUUUUACCCCGGGCCACCCCUGGGCCACCCCUUGGGACGGCUUUGGCCUGUCGUACGACAAAUCGGGUUCGUCGUACGACAGAACCUGUCUUGGUUUUUUUCGAACCCCACGAGACCAGAAUCGAGUCGUGGCUGCAGCUUUUUGUUGUUGAGGACGUGUUUUGCGUCUGCAAAAUUCGUCAUCAACAACAAAAAAUAAUCUGUCUUGCCAUUUCUGGCAGAUUGGCAUGACAAAUUUCUUUCCCCGAGCUGUUGCUGCCUGUCUCUUGACGGGUUCGGCUUGUCGUACGACAAAUCGGAUUUGUCGUACGACAGAACCUGUCUUGUCGUACGACAAGUCUUCUGCCCUACCCGGCAGGCCAGAAACAGCUCCGGAAUGCAGCUUUUUGUUGUUGAGGACGUGCUUUGCGUCUGCAAAAUUCGUCAUCAACAACAAAAAGUAAUCUGUCUUGUCAUUUCUGGCAGAUUGGCAUGACAAAUUUCUUUCCCCGAGCUGUUGCUGCCUGUCUCUUGACGGCUUCGGCUUGUCGUACGACAAAUCGGAUUUGUCGCACGACAAGUCUUCUGCCCUACCCGGCAGGCCAGAAACAGCUCCGGAAUGCAGCUUUUUGUUGUUGAGGACGUGUUUUGCGUCUGCAAAAUUGCGCGUGCCUGGACGCGCAAAAAUCUGGUGCCACCCCGGUGCCACCCCGGUGCGGGGAAGGGUGUCAUGUCCGUGUGUUGGGAACUGAUACUCUGGCCGCCCCCCCCCUCAGCCCCCCCCAAGUGGCGCAUUGCUUGCGCGCGCUCAAUGAUGGGGCGGCAGAAUGUGUUUGCUAAACGCUGUAUCAGCAAAAGGAGGGCAGCGACUCUGCGCGCUUUUUGCAGCGGUCAGACUUCGUUCGGAAUCAGCGCUAGAUUGAUACUCAUUUCAAAAACUGCUCUCAUCAACAACAGCUCGGCCAGUCUAUCUCGGCGGAGAAGGGCACGAUGACACCGAAGGGCAUCUUAGCCUUUCACCCCUCCAUCACUUUUCGCAACCCGCAAAACCUCGUCCACGUGCACCUACAAGAGUCCAACGCUUUUUAUGCACAAAGCAAAGUAUCGUACUGGAACCACGACUUCAAAUUAUCGCAUGACAAAGUCCCGCAGCAUGAAAAACGAAAUUUGCAAUGCUGAUUUGACAGCUCAGGACAGAGAUAAUUUUUUGCCACGCGUGAAGAUUUCCAUCAGUGGUAGUGCGAUUCUGUUUUUGCAUUGUCCAUACCCUAGAUCCAGCAACCAACAACCCGGAUCCGUGCAAGAUCUACUGGGACGCGCUGUACGACUUGAAGGGGGAAAAAGUGCUGAAAUCCGACCAAGUUGCGAUCGGCGGCGAGUGGCCCUGGUUUUUUCACGUCUGCAAGGAGAAACUGGCCACUCCAAAAAGGUUCACGCAGCUAGUAACUUACCUCAACCCGUCCGAGCAGGAAAACCUAUCGGUCGGAUUGGACGAACAAGGUUAUUUGAACAACAACCGGAAUCCGAUGCAGCAUAUGAAAUGCAAAAGUGUCUGGGUCUGGAAGAAUGCAAGAUUUGUGAUGCAGGUUUUCCAUGACGAUGACCCAUGAGGUCUGGAAUGCGAGACCCAGCAUGACAGGUUCUUGGAGGUCUCUAUCAUGCCUUUCCUGCAUGAGAAACUCCCUCUCAACUUGGUCAAAAGCGGACAGCUUUAUUUGGUACUCACGCAACACAGAUUUUUGCAUCAUUCAGAUUUAGCAUGACAAGUUCUAAUCUUCCAGACCCAGACACUUUUGCAUUUGAUACAGCAGAAGCUGCAGGACGUGGUUUGCGACGGCCAGCAGUGCUUCAUCGACGGCGAUUUGCAUCCGAUACGGGAUAUGCAUUGCAGAGAUGUCUGGGUCUGGAUGAAUGGAAGGUUUGUCAUGCAGGUGUUACAUGACCCAUGGGGUCUGGAAUGCAGCACCUAGCAUGGCAAAUUCUGUGAGAUCUUUAUCAUGCCUAUCGCUAUCCUGCAUGAGAAACCCCCUCUCAACUUGGUAAAAAAGGACGGCUGUUGGUAAUCAUGCAACACAGAUUUUUUUGCAUGAUUCAGACUUAGCAUGACAAGUUGCCAUCUUCCAGACCCAGACAUAUUUGCACCCGAUACGGGAGGAACCGGUGGCGGAUUUGAAGUGCCCCGGGGCGGAGGAUCCCGGGCCCCACGCGUUAGCCGCGGCGGAGAAGUUAUCAAAUGCAAAAAUGUCUGGGUCUGGAAGAAUGCAAGAUUUGUCAUGCUCGGCUAGCAUGACUCUUAACCUCAAGUCUGUCAUGCACGUACCCAAGAGCCUCGCUUUUCUGUCAUGCGGAAACGCAGUUUGUCAUGCAGAAUAGAAUACACCGAUCACCUCAGAAACUUGUCAUGCUGGAACGGCAAUUGCGGUAUCCUAAUCAUCCGGCAAACAGCAUCACAAGUUUCCAGACCCAGACAUAUUUGCAAUGCAUAGAAGUGCUACUUUAACAACCCGAAGUACGCCUGCAAGGAGGGAAAACAGUUCAAACGGUUCUACGUUGACCUGAAAAACCUGGACGCGGGAGACCGGGCGGAGGCGCACGAUUUGGAGGAUCUGGAGGCAAAAAAGGAGGAGAAACAGGACUCCGAAUUAGGCGGGGAUUCGCAGGCGGCGGAGUUGAUGACGGUCAGGAGCUACGAUGCGGGGGAGUGCAAGUUGAAGUCGGUGAUUUACGACGAGGAAAACGUCUACUACAUAUGACAGUGCACAACUCCCCCUCCCCCUCAUUUGUCAUGCAAAACUCCGAAUCCAGUCGCUACCUCAUGGGACUGCUUGCAUGACAACUUCCGGAAGCCGAAACAGCACUACAUUGGGCAUACAAAUUUGUCAUGCAUUGGCUCCGCGUGUGGUUGUGUGUGUAUUGCUAUUCAUGCAAUACAAAUGAGGAGGAGGUGCUGGGGUUGUGCACUCUCAUACUACGGGUGGUGCAACAAGAAGUCGUUGGAGAAGAAGGCGAAAACGUUCACGUUAUGCAUUGCAAAUGUGUGUAGUCUGGUACGGGACUUGUCAUGCUAGUCUGGCAUGACUCUGAACUCUGCCUUGCGUGGCCACGAAAUAAAGGCUCACGUGUCUGUCAUGCAAAAGCAUAGCUUCUGACUCUGUUUCUGAUGCGAAACAGACUAACACAAAGCCAUACCAAAAAUCUGUCAUGCUUGACGGCGCAUUGCAGUGUGCUUCUUUGUUGCUUGUUAUGUAAUGCGUCACAACUUUCUGGGCCCAGACAUAUUUGCAUUGCAUACACGUUGCGCAUCACCAACGGCGCGGAGGAGAACCUGAUCGGGUCGGCGCAGGCGACGCUGUACGACCGGGGAACGUUAGGAAAUUCGUUUCAAUUCGCGUUGAAUGAAAGCGCGGGGAGGACAAAGUUUUUGUAGAAGGAUGCGGUGCAAGCAGGAGGAAUAAAAUCAUGUUUGAAGCGUUUUUUGUAAGAUUGAUGAUGAGUAGUUGCAAGUGCAGUCAAAAAGAAAAACUGAUUUUUUUCGGAUACUACUUGCGUUUGUAGACAGAGUGCUUGUUUCCGUAGCUGAACAAACUUUGGGAGAAAAGACCUAGCAGUUCUUUUUCACGUACAGCUGCAGCUGUGGAAAUCUAAAAUGCAGCGAGCCUUACCGUUUAAUGGCCGCUUGUUGUUAUUCGCUUUCGCCGUGCGGAGUUUUCUCUGAUGCGAAUGGCGAGCUGUCGUGUGUUCUCACUUUGAGGGCGUGCAGAAUGCUAGAACUAGCGAGCGAAAAGUGCGGGGCCGCAAUUCUGUUCAUAAUCCACCGCCCC